AUGUCAGUUCAGAAAUUUAGAGAGUUGAACAAGAGACGUAACACAGAUGCGAAGCCGUGGACAAUGACGCAUGCCUUUUUCGCAGAUAUGGGCGGCUUCUUACUUGAUGGUCCUGGGAUCGACAUACCGUUUCCCAUUGAUGCAGAGCAGCUGCUGUUUUUGGUUGAGAAAGGAUAUGUAGAAUACCCGAGUCUGAGUAGAGAGGAUAUUGAGGACAGGAAUAAAUCAGAUGGGCUGGCAAGAUUCAUUACUAUAUGCCAGGCUGUUUGGUUUCUCGUUAAUUGCAUUGUACGGGGAGUGCAGCAUCUUACGAUAACUACAAUCGAGCUUACCACGGUCGCCUUCGUGAUUGUUUUCUUUUUUACUUCAUUUUGCUGGUACUAUAAACCACUAGAUCUAUCGACCACAACUACCCUCACGGUCAAUACCAAUAUCGAUCAGAUUCAAGCAGAGAAUUCCCCAUACGACCACCAGGACUAUUAUACAAACCCGCUCGACUUCAUCUAUUCAGAAGUAUACCUCUGCGGAAUUUUCUGGCGCUAUUUCAACCAGAUUCUGCUGAAGGUCCAUCUUCCACUCUUCUCCCGCGCUGUCCAUACAAAACCCUACAAUCGUAUCCCAAGUGAUAAUUUCCUUCCCCUAGACAUCACAGCCGAAUUAAUUACUCCACCAGUCAUAAUUCUGUUCGGCUCCAUGUUCAUGUUCGCAUGGAAUUUCCAUUUUCCAUCCGUUUUGGAGCAAACCCGCUGGCGCACCUCAUCCAUCUGCACCCUAUGCUUUUCCAUAUUCGGACAGUUAGCAAUAAAGUACCUGCAGAUAUUCGUGAUGCCGAAAGUAUCAACAGAACGGCAGAUUUUGCCUUCUUGGAUGAAAAAGAUCCAGGAAUCCUGGGUGUCUCAGAUGGGCGCGACAUUGCGCAAUAUCCACCCAUCCAAGGAUCCACGGUUGGACAUCCCGCUACGGGCACUCAUCCCCUAUUCGGCUUUGUGUGCGCUAUAUUGUGUUUGUCGCGCGUAUAUUCUAAUAGAGGAUUUCAUCGGGUUGAGGAGUUUACCGGUUUCUGCAUUUCAGACUAUCUCGUGGUCCGUUUAUGUACCUCAUUUGUAG